AUGCAACGUUAUGCGGUAUCAGAUGAUCAGACAACAAGACAAUUGGGCUGGUCUAGAGACCAAUUGCGCGCGUACCUUUCGCCUGAACCACGACGUAUUCGAACUGCAUCGGACAUUGCAGAUACGGCGGUAGACAAACUACUGAUGCGGUAUCGUGUGGCGUUGGCACAUCAAACGCUAAAAAGCGCUGUAAUGAAGCCACUCAAGCCUUUCGAUGGCAGUUUACGGAGAUCUGCUGCACCAUUACAGUUUGGACGCAAUGCAGUAGACGGAAGAAGAAGCAUUAUUUAUGCAGACGCAGCAACAUCCAUGCAACAGAAAGUUGCAACGGGUGUAGAGCAGACCGGCAAUAGGAAGCGAAAACGGAGGGUUAUCGUACUGCCGUUGGAUGCUUCAGCUACUAAAGUGGAGACUGUGGUGUCAAAUGACAGUAGCAGGAAGACCAAGGUAAAUUUAGGAUCGACAGCAAGUCAGCUUGUUGUACGGAAGACGCGGCAUGUUUUUGCCAAGACGGAGCUAAUCUGUCCCAUUCGCCUUGACGUCGACUUGGAUGGUAUUCGAUUCCAGGAUACUUUUCUCGUCAAUUCAGCCCUGACUACUUGCUCACCGGAAAUCCUUGCUUGUCAUAUAGCCCAGGAUGAACAGAUGAGCGAAAAACAUAGAGAUGCUAUUGCGGAAUCGAUCCGGCGACAAAUGUUCAUGUAUAACUCGUGUUUGAGCACGAAGCUUAAGAAUGGGCGGAUAUGUCCUAUCUACGUGGAUCUCAUUAUCGAUGGUUUUUCCUUACGCGAUCAGUUUGAGUGGGAUAUAUCCAACGACUGUCACGCUGCACAGACAUUUGCUAGUACGCUUUGUGCAGACUUGAAUCUGCCGAAAGCAUUUGAGCCAGCCAUCGUUUUUUCGAUCGUCGAGCAGGUGAUGGCUUAUCGUAUCGCAUUAAAUGGGCACAAAUGGAUUGGGGCAAAUCCGUUUCAAGCAAAAGGCACCGACGUCACACUAUCAACUUCGAGCGCAGGGUAUAUUGAGACAAUGCCACCCGUGGACGAUAUUGUGCGUGACACAAACGACGCAAACUUAUGGCAACCCAUAUUGAGUGAGCUAUCCAGCGAAGAGAGGACAUAUUUAUCUUCACAACUAGCGGCUGCUCGAGCUCCUACAACAUGGAAGAGCAUGCCAGUGCUUUUACGAACUAACGGGCGAUCAAAUCGAUCAGUUCGGCCAGUAUUGAAGGAAAACCGUCUUCCCCGACCAGUCAAUCCUUUUAUCGUGUACUGUCAAAUGCAGAAGGAAGCGCUAGGCAAAACACGUCGCUCUGCGUCCGAGGCAAGAAAAAUCAUGGGUGACAUGUGGCGUAAAUGUACAGAAGAGGAGAAAGAGUAUUAUGCGCAAGUGACCGAGGUGGAAAACGAAAAAAGGCGUCGGGAUCAUAUUCUGGAUAUGCGCGACCGUGCAAUUGCCGACUGGGAGGAGGAUGAAGCUCGUCGAAAAGGGUUAUUAGCUUCCACUACGUUAGAGGCAUCUACAGAUCAUAUUCGUGGUCUCUUGCUUGAAAACUAUAUGAGCGAGCGACACGAAGUAGACAUGAAUAGACAAGAAGAGUCAGCAGCUGAUCCUACCGAAGAGAAUGAAGAGGAGGACGAGGAGGAUGAGAAUGAGCACGAGAUGGCGUAG